UAAGUCAUAUAUGUAUGUAACUUGACGAGCAGCGUAAAUCCAUACGCCAUAAAACUUCCUUCUUCCGUCUGCCAUCAGAGGGAAAAGAGAAACCCUAGUAAUCCCUAAUUCACAAAUCCAUCCUGAAAAAUAAAACAAACGCAAGAGGAAGAAAUCAUGGUGAGGCGAAGGGUGGAAAUCAAGCCGAUCCAGGAUAAAUCAAAACGCCACACCACCUUCACAAAACGGCGUUCCGGCCUGUUCAAGAAAGCCGAAGAGUUGUGUGGCUUGUGCGGCGGCGCGGCGGCUGUCAUCACCUUCUCCAAGGCCGGGAACGUCUUCGGCUUCGGCCACCCCUCCGUCGAGCACGUCGUCAGCCGCUAUCUCGCCGAUCCUAAUUCUACUUUGGUUACGGAAGACGAGGAUAGUCACGUUGAAACAUGUCUGCAUGCUAGCGGUGGCGGGACCGAGAAGAAAGAGGUUAAGGCGCCUCCAUUGACGGAGACGGAAACGAGGAUCGCUGAGGCGCUGGCGAACCACCGGCCGGCGUGGGAUGUGAUGGUGAGAAAUUUAGCUUUGAGUGAACUUCAUGAGUUGGAAGCGUCGGUGAGGGAGAUUAAGAGCACGGUGGAGGCGCGGGCGGCGGAAGCAGAGGCGGAGGCGGCGGGAAUUUGAGUUCGAGUAGAACAGUGGUUGCUUGAUCCGUUGGAGUUGAAGGAAGUCAAGUUGAGUCGGGUUUCUUUCGCCCAACAUACUACAUACUCGUUAGGUUUUAGAUUUUGUUUUUUAAUUUUAAUUUUUUAUUUUCAGGAAAAGACAAGGAAAUAGCAAUAUAUACACAUUUAUGCUCAAAUUAUUUAAUUUUGUUUC